AUGGAAGAAAACGCGGCUCUCCAGCAGACGGGCUCUCGAGGGACUGAGGCAGAAUCGCCUUCGCACUCGGUGGAGAAUCAGCACGAAGCAACGCUCGCCCACUCUGAUGCGGAGCCGCUCUGUUCGGGCUCGCCGCCAGUGCUGCGCGAGUCUUUCCCGUCGUCUGCUGUCUCCUCUGCGGGCGGCUCGGCUUCGUCGCCGCCUCUCUCUCCCUCUGGCGAACCUGGACGCAAUUCACCAUCUCUCGCCUCCUCCGUGCGGGGCCCUGUGUCGGCAGCCCCUCCCCUCCCCUCUUCCCCAACUGCGUCCGAAGAGGCCCGACCGCGCUCGCCUCCAACCGAGGUGCGUUCAUCUGAGGCUCCGGCGGCCAACCUGUCAGAGGGGAGUGACGACCCGAGCGCACCUCCCACGUCAGACGCCUCGGGUGAUGCGUCGGGGUCGCCCUCUGCGACUCGUCCUGCCGGCGGUCCAGCCUCUUCGGGCGGCACGCCAGUCUCUGCUGGUCCUCUCUCUCCCGACUCUUCUCCGCGUCAGUCCCCUGCCUUGGCAACCUCUUCCUCGUUGUCUUUGUCUCCGCGUUUGUCGUCGGCGAAUUCGCCUCCGCAGGUCUCGACUUUUUUUCCCGCCUCAGCCCCGCCGCUGUCUCAGCCUCCCGCCCCUCCGUUGUCUGCCUCCUCUCGCGCGCCUCCGUCCUCUCUUUCUUCAGCCCCGCCGUCCCACAACGCGCCCUCGCCUCCAGCAGUGAGUUCCUCGCUGCUUUUCGCGGUCCUGCGGCCUCUGCUGCUUCGCCUGCUUCCGGCCUCCUUGCAGGGCGUGGCAGCCGAUGCGGUGUUCCUGCAACUCUGGCAAAAACAGCUGCAGCUCCACGACGUCACCCUUCAGCCGCAACUCCUCGACGCCUUCCACAUCCCCUUCUACCUUCUCUACGGCUACAUCGGCUGCGUCCGCGUCUACCUUCCUGCCCAAGACGGCGGCGCAUCUUCGGAAAAUGGAGCGCCAAACGCGGCGGCCUCCUCUCCUGCAAACGAAGGCGAUGGCAGUCCGCCAGCCGCUGCGAAGGCCCCGUCGCGACACGACGCGUCCGGCGCUGCCCUGGAGCAAAACUCGCCCGGCGGCGCUUCGGGGCCCAGGGUGUCUCCGCCCUUGGCUUCAGCCGGAGCUCCCCCAGACCCCACGGGACUCAACCCGCCAUCUGGUGCGGAUGCCGCCGACUCUGCGGAGCCUCCGCCCGAACGGCCUGCCGCCUCGACCUCCGCCGCAUCCCUCGUGGUGGAGGUUUCGAAGCUCGUGCUCGUGUUCGCGCCGAAGCCUGUGGAAGAAUGCAGCGAGUCGGAGUUCAUGGCAAGGCUCCAACAGCGUCGCCAGCGUCUCCUCGACGCUGCAGACCUGCAAGUGAUGGAAGAAGCCAUGCGGGUGCAAUGCGGCGGCAAGCACGUGGACUCGAAAGCUGCCGCCUCAAGUGGAGGUCUUGCGCGACCGUUCUUCUCGGCCGCCGCUCUCCUGUCUAGGUGGAUCAACCGCCUUCUCCAAGACCUCCUCAUAGAUGUCAACGACGUCCACAUCCGCCUGGAGGCUGUCUCCGUGCUGCCGGACCCUGCCACAGGCUCUCGCUUCGCAAUCCGUCCGCAGCCGCUCCACCCCGCGUCCCAUCACCACAGAGAUGGACGGUCCCCUUACCUGUCUCGCGCCUCGGCGCCGCGAGACCAUCUGCAUGCGCCCCGCCAUCGGAAAACAGAGCUCGAGCGGCACGUGAAGUCACCCAAGGAGCGCCGCCGCGUGGGGGGGCCGAAGAGCCGCUCCUGCUCAGCCAGAGCUGAGAUACAGGGAGGACGGAGUCGAAGCGGCAGAGAGAUGGUCAGCGCACACACAGCUCCGGCGUCUCCGCCGUCGAGGACCCUGCCUUUCGCGGUUGGCGUGACACUCCGGCGCAUGCAGAUCCGACAGGUCGGCGCCCACGUUUUCGCUGCGGCGGAGAAGGUCGAUGCCGCGGGAACUGCGAGUUUUUGGGAAGACGAGCAGAGCCCAGCGGGGGGCGGAGACAGUGAAGAAAAGGGGGGAGAUGAGCGUGAACAGGCGCCACGUACGUCAGAGGUUCGGCUUGCAGACGUCGCGGGAGCUCCCAGUGGAGGCCAGAGCGAGGGACUUCCUUCCCGUCGGGACGGAGACCAUCCGGAGCGAGGAAAGAGGUACAGCGACGCUUUUUCGGAUUCUGUGGCAGACGGGUUCCGGUUCAGGGUCUUCGAUGUCGAAGCUCUGACAGCGUACACCCAAGCAGAGACGCUGUUUCUUGCCCCGACAACGCGGACGAACACAGAACUCCACACGAAGCUAGCGCGGUGCGUUGAAACGCUGACUGGCUCGAGAGCCUCUGCGAUGCGGCUGGGCGUCUCAGGGUUAGAUUCGGCGUCUUCAGAGAACUGCACGGAGGCGUCGAAAUCCGUGCCUUCUUCCCCCGAAGGUUUCUGCAGCCGCGCAGCCUCACCGCCGGCCUUCACCCGCGACCCAGCGCGGAGCGAAGUGGACUCGUUUCAGACCACGCCUGGGCGUUCGGCAGCGUCAACAGAAGGCGCGGCGUCCGCUGCAGUCCACACGGGACAGCAGUCUCGCGCGGACCUUCAAGCGGUGACAGCUCUUUUAGAACCGCUGCUCUGGCACCUGCUGGAGCCCGUGAGUGCCCGUCUGCUUCUGCGGCAGGUCAAUGGAGGGGAGAACGGGGCAGGAACGGGUCUGGGAGGGAAGCGCCCCGGCGACGUGGGAAGGGAUCCCGUCGCGGCGGAGAGCGGCGCAAACGGAGCACACGAGAAGCGAGACAGCGAUACCGCCGGCGGACGGGGGGGCGAAGCCGCGGGAGGAACGGAAAGAAGGCAAGACCGGGACAGCGCGGGGACUGGGACCGCUGAAGAGGCAAUGUCCUGCGGAAAGGAAGCAACGGAAGGCAGUGAAGCAGUUGCGUACGCCGCCCUUUUGCACCUGGAGUCCGUCCAGAUUGCGGUUCCUGUUCACUACAUCUACCACGCCGUGUGGCUGUGGAAACUCUUGGAAAAACACAACGAAAAAGUUCUUCUUCUUGAGCGACGCAUUGAACUUUUUUACCCGUAUCGCCCGCAGUGCCAAGUCCGCGGGAGCGCCCGUCUUUGGUGGAGCUACGCAAUCGGCUGCGUCCUCCGCGAACGCCGCUGUGCAUGCGCCGGCAUCGACCCCGCCGAACUUUCCUUGGCUUCAGAUUCAGGAACGGCCGCGUCUCCGAGCGGCGGAGGUGCCAGUGUCCCCGCUGCCUUCCCCGCAGGACUCCUUGCCUUUGGGGAGUCGAUCAAAAACGCUCGCCUUCAUCAGAAAGGCCUCGAGUACCGAGACCACCUUCUCGCGGUUCUACACAACCGAGCAAAUGCCGAGAACCUGAGGCGUCUACAGUCGUUGAGACGCGAGCUCCCCAUGCAAGUGCUGCUCAGCAGCCACAUUCAGGCUCGACGCGCCUUCCUCACGGAGCGCAAGCAACCGCGUGGCUUGGGGGCGACGCUGUGGGGCGCCAUCUGGGGCCACGGCAAGACGGGAGAAGCGCACGGUGGACAGCAGGAAGCCGCUCGAGCGACGCGUGGCGGGCCACCGCAGGUCUCGGCCUACCAACGUGACCGUCUGCUGGGGCGCAGACGCUCGGUACAGAAAACCGGGACCGAUGAGCAUCAGGAAGACGGGGAUCUCAGCGAUGAUGAAUUCCUCGAUGCUUUGUCUGAGCCGCCCUCGUCGUCCGAGGCAGAGCAACGCCUGCCUGAUCACAGCCUCUCGAAUGGGAAUGCGGGCGCAGCGGCGGUGGAUGGCCGCACUGAACAGCCGCUGGCUCUAGCGUCCUCUCAGGAGCCGCCUGCUACUCAUUUGCAUCCCCAUUGUGAGCGAGGAGUCCCCUGUUCAGGACGCUCAAGUGACCGCGGCGAUGCGGGGGCCCUGUCUAUGCCGCUGUACCGAUCUUCUUCUCACCUGGCCGACUUCUAUGACUGCCAGGAAGAGCUGGAUGAAAAACAGCGACACGAGCAGCAGCUUCAGUUGGCUGCCAGAGCUGCGGCUGACGCUGCGAGAGUAGCAGACGAAGAGGCGCAAAUUCUCUGGGCUCAAAAGAACCAGCAAUCCGACCGCCCUUUUCUCGCUCUUUCUGUUCUGUUGAGGGCCGCGGGCGUUCAAAUCGUAGGCGUGAGAACAGAGCGACGCUGCUGCCGGUCCAGUUUGUCUCCGGCGGACUUCCCUGGAACUCGAUUACGCCGCGACAGAGACUGUUCUGUGCACAGCGAAGAUGCGGGUGAAGCAACGGGGAGCGAAGCGGAGGGAAUGGCGCAGUGGGAAGGCGGGGAAAGUUUGAGCGAGGACGUCGAUGGUGAAAGACAUUUUCAAGCAAGCAGUGAUGCCUCGGGGAAACGCGACGGAACAGCAAAAGGAGGGGAACGCGAGUGGUACGAAAGGGUGCACUUCCGGAUGAGCGGCACACUGAGGGAGAUGCGGAUUCAGCUCGUGUAUGGCGAUCUUCAGACACGCGCAAGAGUGGGACUGCGAGAUAUGGCCGUGAUGCAUCAAAGGGGAAAUGUCACUCAACGUCUGGUGUACAGACACCUCACGUUGGAACGGCCACUUCUUCUCGUCUCCUUUUCACGCAUUCUGAUGCCUCCGGUCAGCGCCGCCGGAGACGCGUCUGUGGACUCUCCGAGCGGGGCGUCGAGAAGCGCCUCGAAUCCAGGAUUCUCCAGUGGACAAAGUUCUCAAUCGCAUGCCGCUGCUCUUGGGAACGCGCCGCGUCUUGCUCCAACUUCGUCUUCUCUGUCCGCUCGGAUGCAGGGACACUCUCAACCCGCCGAAGGCCGGAAAUCUGUACCCCCCGUCGCCGCUCUUGUCUCCCCCACAGGAACGAGUGGGACGCACACUCCGUCGCUUCGCCCGUUUGUGAACGAGACAGGGGAGGGAGGCAGCUCAGAGCUUCGUUUAGUCCUCCGCCAUUUCGUGUGUAUGUACGCCCAAGAAGCCGUGCAAGACGCCGCUGUCCUCGCUAGCGAGGUACAGCACGGCCUGCGGUUGCCGGCGCCGUCCUACGAUUGUCGGCCGGGAGAACCUCCUGGGCCUCGAGAUGCCAAAGAGCGAGAAAAGGGGAUAGAAAACGGGGCGGUUCGAGCCGAGAGGCGAAGAGGGCAGGACGGAGACGCGCCUACAGCCGACAGGAACCUCGGUGACGCUCUGUCAGCACCUUCGGCGACUUCAGACACAGCGAGAGGAGAGUCCGGUCUUUCGACUUUCGCCGCUUCGUCCCUGGCGUCUGGUGCCCAGGCUGCAUCCGGAGACCUCGGCAGAGUUGAAGGAUCACCUUGGCCAGCGAAAACCAGGAUGACUGCGCGGCACCUGCUGCUUCGCAGUCGAGAGCGUCUGAAGGCGCUGAGUCUGUCGACAAAGUAUUCCAUUCAGCUGUGCGCCCCCACAGUAGUCCUCCCGACGAAGAAGGAACGAUUUGGGGAUGCGCCGGUCGUGGCGCUCCAUCUGGGAGACAUCCACGUGUCCAGCGUCGACUCCCCAGACGGGCCAGAGGAAGGCGCCCUGUGCCAACCUGCGGCUCUCGCGGAGCCGUUUUUCUCGAGCAGCACCGACGCGCUGCGGUCCUCUGCAUCCGUGAACGCGCCCCCGCAGGCGCCGGAGACGGGGACAGCGGCCUUCUCCGCGCGUGCGUUCGAGUCUCCACGCACAGGAGGCCGGCACGGGCACCCCGCGGCUUCCAUGACGGCGCAGCCUACUUGGACACCCUUCUCGUCUUCAAUGUUUCCGGGAGGCGUAGGCACAGGAGCGCCCAGCGACCGCCCCUCUGCAUGGCCGACAAAGACGACGGGCGCAGGACGCGAUGAGGACGUACGAGGACACCGCAUGCUGGUGCGCUCCAGGGUACGGCAUUUCGUCGUUUUCAGUGAGCUCCAAGUGCAGCGAUAUUCGUCGCUGGUCGCCUUCCGAGCCUCCCUCGAUUGUCUGGCAACUACGAUGACCUCUCGCGGCAGAGAUGAGAGUCACACCGGCGGAGAGAAACUCGACGCGAACGGGCAGUACCACGCGGCGGCUGGCGAAGGAAUCGCAGCAAAGGGCGACGCGGCGGCGAACGUAGGGAACGAAGGCGCGCAGCGACAGCGAAGUGGGGAUGAAAAACUCGCGCCGGAGACGCAGGAUGAGAGUGCCGUCCCAAGGUUUCCAACUGCAAUAGAUGUCACGACGUACCAGGUCGUGGACCUUCGCGCACUCAUUCUCCCAUCGACUCGACUCCCCUCUCCCGGAGCUGCGACGUCGCUGGACGCCACCCUCCCGACGCCUGCCUCCUCUGCAUCCGUCUGCAGUGGCGACGCUGGCGAAGGGGUGUCCCCGGACUCGCCAGACAGCCACACCGACGCGGCCACGUCUGCUCCCCGGCGAUCCACGGACCUCGGCAAGCCUCGGCAGCGCUCGCGCUCCCUUUCCCUGCCUCACGGAGACGAGCAAGAAGCGUCGGAGGAAAAAUCCAUCAUGCUGGUCAAGGGCGUACUCCCAACGGUCUCACUGAAUCUUAGCAGCGUGGUGCUCGACAGUCUCUUCAGAGCUGUCGCGAUUCUCCAGGCACCUGUGCGGCCGGGGCAGUCCGAGGAGGCAGCUGGAGCUGCUGCCACAUCCCGUGACCCUCCGCAGAGUCCGUGCCCUCGCGUCCCUUCGGCUCCGCGCGCGUUCGGAGCCCACCUCGGUGGAAAUCGGCAGAGGCUACUGGAGACGCACGCCUCUACCUCGUCCGUACAGCCCUCCGCCGUGCCUCCAGAUCUCAACCGGGAGCAGAAGGCAGCGGAAUGGCAAGACGCGGGGGUGCGGGAGGAAAAGCCUGAUGCGGGAUCGAACCGCAAAGCCGAGGCCGGUGUCUCCUGCAGCCGUUUCAUUCGAAUCGCCUCCCUCUUCCCCUCAGUGAUGACGGCAGUGACUCUCCAGCACAUGUCGAUCCGGUUCCACUGCGUCGAGAAAGCGCCCGCGUCCGAUCCGCCGCGUCCCCGGCGGAGGCGACUGUCCUCCGGCGUUUCCUCUGGUGCUUCUUGUGACGAAGCAGAAGCCUUGCGAACCCUCGAGCGAAAGGGCGUUGUCCAACUGCGGACGGCGGGCGUGUCCGCAUACGUGGAGCGCGGAGACCUCGGCCAGAAUGUCGUGCUUCAGAUGGUUUCUCUAGACCUCAUUGAGCCGGAUCUGCCCGAAGGCCACCCAGAUCGGGAGAUUCUGCAAACGGGGAAGAAGGCCGGAAACGCGCUGUCCGGAAGAGCUGCGCCUUCUGUCGGGAGUCGAGCGACCGGGCGUCUGCUACCAGGCGCUGAAGCAGAAAAGGAUCUCGGCGGCAGCCCGGCAGCGAGUGGCACGGAGCGUGAAACCGACACCGCGUGUGUGUCGAUCCUCUUCUCCUCUCGGGCUUCCGCGGCCGUUCCCCACUCGCAGGCCUCCGUGUGUGGCCCGAGGGGCGGGGAGCUUGAGCGGCAGCGCCCUCCUCUCGCCGGGCUCGACAGCUGGCGAGCCACGCGAGAGAGGCAGGAAGAAGACGGAGUUGAGACGGUUGCAGAAGAGCCCCGCACCCGACUGCAAGUCGCCAUCCGGUCGUGUGUGUCUGUGAUAUUCCGCCCCGACGUCUUCUCCAGCUUAGUUCUGUUCCUCAAAGAGCCAGCGCCGCGUGCGCGUCGGCAACCAAGGGACGGAGGCGAGGGGUCUGUGUCUCCCUCGCGUGUGCAAGAGGCCUUGUCCCCGAGGAGUUUGCGUACGACACCUGGUGCCAGAGAAGCUUUCCCGCAACAAGAAGGGUGCGACUCUGGCGGAGGGAGUGAAAAAGCUGGUGGCGCCGAGCCCUCAGAUCCAGACGCCGCGGCUGGAGAGACAAGCGGAGCGGUCUCGCCUUCUUCUUGGACGGUGUUGCCGUUGUCGCCGCCGGAGGCCGCAGCCGUCGAGCGGGAACUGAAUCCCCUCGACACGGAUAUUGGGCUCACUCUCGAGGGGGUCCAGUUGGUCUGGGUCGAUCGGCUGUCUGAGCGACAUUUUGCGGUUUCCAACUUUGAUGGGGCUGAAAUCGGCCUGUCCCUCCGUCCGUUCUCCACAGACUGCCACGUCACCCUCCGCAACUUCACUCUGUCCUUCCUCUCCCCCACAGAUUCCAGAAGGAGACGCGGUCGGGCGUCAAGGUUGAAGGCCGCUCGGGCCUCCAGUCCGUCGCAACGGUGGGAGUCUCCGGGCGUCGCGGUGGCUAGCCCGCCGCAUGAAAGAGGAGAAAGGCAGCUCGCGGUUCCUGUCGCCAGUCGCGGGGGAACAGCGGGAGAAGCGGGUAGCCGCCGCGGAGGGAAGGCUUCUAGGCGCUUGCUGCCCGAGGCAGGUCGCGAGCUCGGCCCGCAGCCGCUUGCCACAAGAAUUGUGGGACUGCUACCCGGGCAACCUUACGUUCUUCGAGUCAAUAUGCGAAGCGUGCAUCCGUCGCUUCCGUCCUUCUCAGGGUACGGCCUUCUCCUUAAGGUGGACAUGGGCGCGAUUGAGCUGGUGUAUCUCCACAAGAAGUUCUGGAAAGUCUUCGACUGGAUCCUUGACCCGUUCAUCAGCACUCUCACCGCCAGUCCAGCGGACGUGCCCGCCCCGCCCCCCCGGGUAUCUCCAACAACGGCUACGGCCCAUGCCGAGGCGCCCUCGUGCCCACUUCCUGUCCUGGAUUCUUCCUCCACGCGUCUGCCUCGCGUCGACCAAGCCAGCGCGCGCAGUUUCCCCAAUCCGGGCCUCGCGCGUCUUUGCCGCCUCCUGGAGUUCCUCGCCCGACAUUCCCGUGCUCGCCCGCCGCCCCCUCGGCCGCAGGCGCCUGCGCCGUUCCACGCAAACGUCGCGAUGGCAGUCGGCGAGUCCCGCUCCUCUCAGCCGCUCACUUGGCGGUGUAGCUGCGGCAGCGUUUCCCACUCGCCCCGAGCGGCCGCGUACCUCCGGCAGCUGCGGCAUCUCGGCCCUCGCACCAACCCGCCGCUUCACCUCUACAGCUACGAUGUCACCAUUCGUUCACCCGUUGUGUUCGUCCCUGGGGCAAUUGUCACCAGCCCGCCCGUCCCAGUGUCCGCGGAGCUCCCGCCCGUGUGGAGAAGAGAGCCGGCGGCGGAACGCGCACCCGAGAGGACAACGCAGGCUGGCGAACCUGACGCCUCAGCCGCCGAGGCGCCACAAGACCGCAAGGGCGCACGACCAGCUGCUGUCGACCCUCGGGUGUCUCUAGGCUUUUCAGAUGUGCUGUGCCCUGGCAUCGAGCUGCGGCUCGGCGAAUUCUCCGUGCGAAAUCGCGUUGGAUGCGCAGCGGAACGGACGGGCCUCGUCGACGACAUCCGCGUGGAGCUCACAAAGAUGACGGGGCGGGUCGCGUGGAGGCGACUGCGAAGCUCGUUGCCCGCGCGAGACGAGGCCGCCAGCGCCGAUGGAGGUCCCGAGGAGCGAGGCGCAAACAGACCUGCUGGGCCGGAGGAAAACGAAGUUGUCCUGAAAGAAAUGAACGUCGUCGUCAGGUGUUUCAGAGGUCUCAACCAAGCUGCACGGAAAGUGCCCCACCCUACGUGGCUUCGCGUGGAGAUUGACGAUGUCCCUCUCGUUUUGUCGCCGUUUCGGCUCCAACUCCUUCUCGCCCUACUCAACUCAAAUAUUCUUCAUAAUGACCCAGACGUCGUCCUCGCUAGCUCCCCUCCCUCUCGCCCCCUGCUCCGCCCGGGGGCCGCGACGUCCGCCGCUGCUGAUCCAUCGCCCAGGAGCUCCUCCAGAAGUUUUUUCGAGUCCAGUUCUUCGCGGCUUUCCGAGCGUUCGAGUUGCCACCGCGAGGCAGCUCUUCAGGGUCGGCACCGUCGAAAAGAAGAACGCCUACAUGCCGACGCAACAGACGUGGAGCCGCGACAGACGAGUGUCGACUGGCUUCGACUCCUCGACGAAGAGGGCGUCUGCUCUCUCCGUUUCGAGGUGUUUCUGCGAAAUCUAAUCGUCGAGCUGGUAACGGCAGCCGGUGGCGAGGCAGAGAACGCGCGAACUCUCAAGACAGGAGCCGACGCAGGCGAGACAGUUGCGGUCGAGCACAGCCACGGGUCAGCUGCCGACGCCGUGUCCAUGAAGGGAAAAGAACGGACAAGAGCGGGCGCCAGGCGUGGAGGGCCCGGGCCUAGGCGCAGCCUGCUGCGACGCAACAACGCCACAAGGAAAGCUGUGGAAAAUCCACCGCACUGCUUGUUCCACGCCAAGACAAUGACGGUGGAGAUGCUGUCGGUCGCCUUGCCGCCUUUCAGUCCAGCGUUGUCUGGCGCUUCGCAGCACGGUCUUGAGUCUUCUAGAGCGACGGGCGCAGAGCCGUCUUCCGCAGAAGACGUCCGAGUCUCUUUGCACGGUUCGGCUCUCAGUCUCGAGCAGUUGGCGGCCACUUUGGUUGCGGUGCGCCUGGACACCGCUCGUCUGUUCCACCCUGCGUCGGCUCCUCCCUUCAGUGUCAUUCUCUCCGAUGCACGCCACAACUGCAUGGAUCUCGCGUGCCAAGAGCUGCCGCGCUCCCCGUCGCCGGCCGCUUGCAGCUCGAGGCAAGACCCUGGGACCGCCGGAAGUGGAGAAGCGAGGCAGGCAGACAACGGAUCCUCUGCGAGAACGUCGGCUGCCGCGUCUGACCGAUGGCGCUGGAACGCUGCAGAGGAGACGGCCGAGGACGGUGGUUGCGAUUUCCAAAGAGGACGAAAGGGAGGCGAUGCUACUCAGUGUGAACAGCCAUUCAGCUCUGAUCCAGGAGCGCUUCUUGACCACGUCGAAUUGGUGCAUCCAGCGGGAAUCGUUCAGUUCAACGGUGUGUCGGAGACACUUCUGUUUCCUCCUGGUCCGUGUGCAGAUUACCUGGCGCUGGGUCCCACACGAAGGCAAGGUGACGCCGAGGCGGAAACCGCCGAGAGACAGCCAGCGGGGGCGCCUCUGCCGUCGCAUGCGGGCGAGGCGGAUGCAGGCCGCGAGCGUCGUCCCGAGUUGACCGUUACGUACCAGAACGCAAACGCCACGCUCCGAUCGCUUCGAAACCACGACAGGAAGAUGGCGUGUUUGGGGGUGGGAAACUGUACCGGCUCUUGUUACCUUGAAAAUCAGCAAAACAUUUCCGUCAGUGUGGCGCACCCGAGAUGCAUCCUUCAUCUGCCUCUGUUUAUGCAAACGUACGACUUCUUCUUCUCUCCCGCUCCGGCCACACAGCCCGGCGCUGCCUCGCAGCGCGGGGGUUCCUCACCGGCGCCGGGAGGCGAAGGAACACAAGAGAGGGCGACCAAGGAGAGCACUGGGCGAGCCGAGCAGCAGAAUCUAGACGGUCGGCGAAGCGACAGUGUUGGGACCGCGAAUUCCGCCACGAGCGGGCCCUCGAAAGCAGCCAGGGUUCCAAUCCCUCUCUUAGCUGUUGAAAAGUGCCGGGAGGUUGAGGGGCAAGCUGAGGAACACACCAGCGCCGGACACCAACCGCAUUGGCAGCCAGUGGGAGAGACGGCAGUCCCUACCUUUGCUGAAAGUUUAACUCGGUCGCGAGUCCCGGAAGAGACGUCGCCUCGUCCCCUGCUCAUGUCUCAGCUUCGACGACUCCAAUCCGCAGCGGCAGACGUCUACCACAUGCGCUUGCCUAUCUCGCCAAGGCUUAAAAUGCUGCCUCUGACUGUCCUGGCUUCACCUCAAGAUGAAGACGAAUCCGGCGUUCAGGAGGGACUUCCCGGUGCGGUUGCAGCUCUGGUGACUGCGCGCCGGGCUCCAGCCUGUUCUGGAGGACUCGGUUCCAGCCUGCAGGGACUCCAGAGAAAGAAGGGAAAACGGGAAAAGGAAGGGCUGCAGACGUCCCCAUCGCUGCGACACUUGGGUCGGUGUGGUCCUUCAAGAAGAGCGCAAAUUGCCGCUGGCGGUGGCCAACAAGAUGUCGAGCGGAACUCGCCAAUGAAAGUUGUGAAGAGAGCUGAGGUGAAGCUGGAGCUCACCAGUGCAUCCCUGAUUCUUCCGGGGAACUGCCAGGAUUCUCACAGUGCCCUUGUGGCUAUGCAGGGAUCCCUGUACUUACGGAAGAAGACAGGCGCUGCGCCGCCGCCCUCUCUCGCGGGCCUGGCUGCUCUCUGUGGGGACCAAGAAGGAAGGGAACCGAGCUUUGAAUUCAAAAGUGAGCGACGCGGUUCGGGCUCAGGUGUCGCAGCUGCAGUGGGAAGCAACGCAGAAUCUUGGAACCGCCCGGGCGAAAAGCUUCUCCUCGCAAGGUCUUCUUCUCGGCUCCGUGCAGGUCUUCUCGCCCGUUCAGCCUCAGGCCUUCGUAUUUUAGGGAGGUCAGCAGCAGCUGCGACUGAUGCGGCAGAACAUGACGGAUUGCAGAGGCGUCCGGAAUGCUCGAGCUCCGCUCCGAUGUCUGGGGAAAAGCACGAAACAGUUGAUUCUCCGACUGGCGAACAGGCGGAGGAAUACACACUGGUAAGAAUCCGAGAAGCCACUCUCUUCUGCUGUCGCCGACCUGCCAUACUGAUGGGUUUGGAGGAACAAGCCCUCAGGGGGCAGACGGGGCAACGCGAUCGGGAAGAUCCUCUCAUGGAGAGAGCAGAAAGAAGCCGGAGGGGCGAGGAGACAACGGUAUCUGGGGGAGGAAGUUCCGUCGGGUCUUCGGCCAGAGCCUGUCGUCCCGAACCUGCCGACGCAGAAGCGGCUCUGCGCAAAGGCAAAGAGACCGAGGGGCCGUCCACACGCGGCCUCAGCCCGGGUCGCAGCCCUCACCUGCUUCCCGCCGCAUGCGGCAAUCCACUCACCCACAGCCGCCGAGGCCCGCACGCAGUGGAUUUUCGCAUUCUCUCAGCUGGCAUGCACAUGGACUUUCUCCUGCACAAACGCGAAGGUCGUCGCUCGGCUGCAUGUGUCCGAUCGGGCGACAGCUCCUGUUGUCUCCUCACACCAAGCGAACGAGACGCGUCGGAAGAGAUGCGAGAAGUUACCGGUGCAGAGACAGAGGGAGGAUUCAUAGUGAGGUCUGGCGGAACCGAGACUCGCGAUCCGUUCUACACGAGGAGGCAAACGCGUUUCCUCGCAAGGCGGCUCGAGCCCCACGCUCGGGGACCCCUUCAGGCGCCACUGUCUCGAAAAUGUGGCUGUUGUCUGGAGUUCCAGCGCGUCCACAUUGGCGUCUAUCCUUGCUCGGUCGAGAUUUCUUACCAAGAUCUUCUCCUGGUUGCUAAUUGUCUCCACUAUCAGCGUACUCAGCUCGAAGCGCAGCAGCAGCCGCACGGACGAGAACCGCCUGUGCACGCGUCGACUUCGUCCACCACUGAAUCUUCCUCGGACGUGCCUCCAGGCGGCUGCUCGUCUCCGCCCUCGAUUCCCGCAUCGGCAGCUUCCGCUAGGCAAAGAGCAGACGAGGGUGCGGAGAGGCCUCAAGACGUGGAACACGAAGCGGAAGGUCAACGAGAAAUCGAGGUGCACGUUUCCGCUCUCCGUCUCACGCUUUUGAAUGAUUGCUUUGGCUCUCUGCACGCGCCCUUGUUACAGCUUUUUGUCCCCUCUGCAUCCCUUCGCCACAGAGGAUACUCGGUUCGCUCCUGGCCUCUUUUGUGGACGGCGGCGGCGGCUGCUGAGGCUGCCGAUCUGUGCACUCGAGGCAAGGAGGCGAGUGACCGCGUAGGCCGUGCGAGUUUUUUCUUUUCGCGUUUCCGUCCUCAAGAUGUGCACCCAGGUUCUGCGGAUUUCGGCGUCGGAGUGGGAGGGGGGGGCGAGCCCAACGAGGAAGAGGCAGCUCAGAGCGGCCUUUCAGACGAAACCGGGGCCCGACAUCUGCCCCGUUCUGACGCCUCCAGUGCCGUGCGCGGCGCUUUCGCGUUCCAACAGCCGCCUCUUUGGGCCUCUGGUGCGCCAGCGACGAUCGACGGGCGUGACGUGGACUCUCUGGACACUCUGGAUCGUCGGGUCCGACACAGACAAGGCCGAGAUGCGCGUUCCCGUGGGGAGAAGCUCGUCACCUGCGGGGUCAGUUGCGUCGACUUUUCCUUGCUUCUCUGGUGUUUCAAUCCCGUCGCGGUCGCCUUUGAGCCCGUGAUUGAAAAUUUUGCUCUCACCGCAGUGAGCAGGGACCUCCCCUAUGAAGUGUAUGCCUGUACCUAUCCUGGCGAGGCUCCGCUGCGGCAUCUCGUUCUGGAGGAAGAAUCCGCACAAGCUCUGGCGAGGGAAGGACUUCAUCGAAGCAGAGAGAGAGAGAUUGCCGGCGGCAGACGCGAAGGAGUUGGGGAAGAGGAGAGCCCGGACGCCAGGGAGGGACGACGCCGAAGCAGAGCGCUCAGUCGCCAACUCCCGCGUUCCCGGCGGAAGAGUAGACGGGGGACCGAAAGCGGCGGCUCCGGUUCGGAGACGCUUUCUGAAGUCAGAAAGUCGGCAAGGACACGAGACUGGUGUGGGUCAUGCGAUUCCUCUGCCAAGUCUCUGCCAAGCGGCUGGCGGUGCGAACGAAAAGUGAAGACACAAUGCAUGCUGAGACAGAAACCAACUUUUAGCUAUGACUGGUCCAGUGAUGAGGCAGUUGAUGCUCCCGACACGAAGUGGGGCGAAGACGGUCAGGGCAGCUCAGAGAGCAGUCACAAUUUCUUGACUGCUUCCCUGAGCGACGAAAGCGAUGUUUCAUCUCUGGACGGAACGGACUGCAAUUCUGGCCCCUCUUCAAGUUCGCGGAGUGUCUCAGUGCCCUCUUUGCCACGUCAGGCAGAGCAGACUGCCAGCUCCUCAGAACCAGCGAGAGUCGAGGACAUCGCUUCCAUCUCCUCGUACAAAAACCUCGAGGAUUCUGAGCUUUCAGAUGUGUCGUCUCUGUCUUCCUUCUCGACGGAAUCCGGUUUGGAAGAAUCGAUUGCGUCUCCGCCUCCAGAAAAGCGGUACAGAGGUAUCUUCCUCUCGUCGCCCUGCACGUCGCCAAUCGAAAUCAAUGUGUCCCACGUUCUUCUGCGUACGCUUCUCUCUGCUCUCACUCAGUGGCGCAGCGACUUUCUUCGGCACGCCCUCCCCUUCCAGGGAUCCGGUGUCUCUGGGGCUAACUCAAAUGAGCCUACUCGGACUACUCAGGUGGACAUCAAUAAGCCUCUCCGGAACUCUGGCGGGGCUCGGCCGUCCGCUGACGAGUCGCCUGCACACGUUCUCGAGAGUGUACAGACGGCAGCGAAAAACCAGGAUUCUUUUGACGGCCCCGUCCGGCGAACGUCCCGGACGACGUGCCCGUGGCCCGCGGCAGGGAAAGACGUCAGGGAACAAGCGGGCGACGAGGGGCAAGACACUCGAGACGGAAGCUCGGUAGACCAAGCCACCAGUGGAGAGAACGUGGCUUCUUUCGACGUGGUGGGAGCUGAGGGAGACUCGGCGACUUCGCGGUUUCCUUUCAUCCCUCUCCCCCGCGUUCUUUCUCCUCCCGAGGAGGAAGCGACCGGCUCGCUCCCUACCGGUGUCUUGCCCUCGAGUGAGCAAGGGACUUCCGUGGAACCUGCUUUUGCUUCUUCGUUGACUGGCACAGAGGAAGAUCCCGAGUCGCCCCGAAGCGGCGGAGAUGCCAAUCGGGACAAGAGCGAGCUCGAGUCAGGGUGCAGUCCUGGAGAGUUCUCCCUGGGAGGCGACAAGAGCGCGGAGGCCGGCAGCGAUCGUGGGUCGGAAGAAGGACACGACGGAAAGACGCGUUGGCGAGAGGACAGCGAGUCACCUGGCGAACGUUCCCAAGUGCCCUCGAGUUCUGCCUCUGCGGGCUCGCUUCGCUAUCCUCCCGCUGGGAACAUCGCGAUGGCGGCUGUUUCUCGCUCCUCAUCGGUCUGCGACGCGGCUGCUGUGUGUACGGGCAGCGCUUUAGGCAGCAUAGCUCCUUCGCCAGCGGAUCCACGCCGACAACUUUUCAUUCCCUACGUAGUCAAAAACGAGACGGGGAUGCUUCUCCAUGUCGAUGUUCCUCUGCGGUCGCAAGCUGGUCCUUCUCAAGAGGCGCCCGUCCCAGGUGUCGCUCCCGUUGCCCUCGAGACGACUUCCGACCGAGGAAGUGCACAACACGCAGACGGUUCUCGCAGUGCGGGUAUCGGGACAGAUGGAGCCAAGCUGGUGCGUCCAGAAAAUGCAUGUGAGCAGUCGAUGCCCGUCGACGGCCGCGGCUUCCCCGGGGGCGGGGGUGGCGAGACGCCUUACGUCCUUAGCAGUCGCGCUAGCGACCAAAACUCAGACGAGGAAGGCGACUGCAUGCGAGGAGAAGCGAUUCGCAUCGGGAGACCUGGCGGACGAAAGGCGCGUGGGAGAGCUGGCGGAUGUGGCUGGGCAAGAGUUGCCGUUGCCCCCGCAGAAGAGAAGGCUCUUCAACAGCUUCAGAUUGAAGUGGGAAGAGCCGCGUGCCUUCGUGUGAGGUUGGGACUGACCUCCUGCGGGCGGAGAGACAGUGGAGGAGGGCGUGCACCGGCAGUCGAUUUCGUGGGCGCACAAGGCGGCGCAAGGAAACAAAGAGGCGGUGGGGAACGGCCUGGGGGCAUCCUGGACAAUAUUGUUUGGGAGGCUAGUCGCCCAGUCCCUAUCGAUAGAGUUGGCGUGUAUGCACAGCCGUUAGCGAUCAGCGAGUCCGGCUCUGUGACGCAUUCGCUCGAUGUGCCAGGCAUUCCGUCGGCUCGCAGCUUCUCUCGAGCGAUCUCUGGUGCCAGCCAGUCUGCGUUCGACAGUCCGACGGCUGUGUCACCAGGAACGUCCCCUACCGAGUGGGGUCCGUCGCCGUCGUUGCCUCUCGCCGUGGACAACGCAAGUGGGCAGAUCUCGCCGUUUCUGGCUCUUCCAAAGCCGUCUUUGGAGAUGCGAGAACGGUCGCAAAGUACAGUGCAGCCUGGCGCCUUGCCACUCUCGUCAUUGCCCCUGGCCUCGUCUCUAGCUCUUCUGCGAGACAACGCCUUCAUCAUUUGUCGGGUCGUGGCUGAGGCAGGCAGGAAGAGGUUAAUCGUUCAGUCCCAAGUGCUUCUUCACAACAAAUGUUUCGUGCCUGUGGAAGUUCUCGUCUGGCCUUCUGAGACCGCCGCAGCAGAAGGUCGACGCGCGCCUUUAGAAGCUCGAGAAUGGAACAGCCGCUUGGACACGAGUGCGGGGCAACACGGAUCGCGUGAGGGCGGAGGCGAAGGCGCAGGGACGCUGCACGCCUCAAAAGCCCGCGACGGGACUGCACGAGUUGCCGACGAAGACAUCUUCGAUCCAGAGAAACAGCCGGCGUCGCUACUCCUCGUUAUCCCUCCAGGAGGCUCUGCUGCUGUCCCCGUGAAUCUUUGUCGCACGGGUCGCCUGUGUGUGCGUCCCCGCUCGCCCGCUCACCUUUUCACUUGGUCGCGGUGUCUGCUGCUGUACCGGCUGUGGCAACUUCUUGAUAGCCGGUCGCAAUCACGGAGUCAGCACCCUGCCUCGCACUCGACUGUCUCUUCCUCUCAGUCGCUGCGGCAUAGAGUUGACUCCGGCCCUGCGACUUCGUCAGAGGCUCUUUGGGGGGGGAAUCCGGGUCGUGGGCGGCGCGCGCCUGUCCUCGAUCUCCUUCGGUGCUCCUGCUGCUGUGAAGCGGACAGCGGGACGGGCGGCGCAACUCCAGGACCCGCCACAGAUGAAAGACUAGUGCAGCGAGGAGCGCCUCCGGGACCGGCCUGCGGGAGCUUUAACCUGUGUGUCGUGUGCCAAGGAGAGGACGUUGUCUACGAGGACACCGGAUGCGUGCAGCUGAAGCUCGCAUUCCAUCCGCCCGUCUCCAUCGCCUCGACGCUGCCGUUUCGAAUCAACUGUCGCCUGGAGUCUCUGCACCCGAUAGCUGCCGGGAAGGUGGAAGACUCCAAGCGCGGGGACGUGUCCUCAGGAACGUGCCGCCUCGGCUUCGAGUCCCAGCUUUGUCUCAAUCAACAAGUGCAUCUCCAUAAACUGCCUCUCGCUGGCACCAUUCGUCUCGAGGUGACUGUGGAGGAGAGCAAGCACGGACAGGAGACAGGCUCCUUGCGCUCUGCGCCGCUGCAGAUUCACCCGAUUCCCACAGCUCUCCUAUUGCCUGCACAGACUGCAGCGGCAAUCGGAGUCGACUGUGAUUCGGGAAGUGACACAGAGGACAAUUCUGCGAGCGACGGACCCAACAGCGAAAUGGGACAACGGGCAGAAGCCGUCGCGGAGUUGAUUUGCCGCGACCCUCGCGGAGCGCGACACCCGUUGCGUCUCCUCGUGUUCUUCCAGCAUUCUGCCACAGUCGGCGCGCCGCCUUCGCUUCUCCUUCACACACCAAUGUGGCUCAUCUCCUUCCUGAAGGGUACAGCAGCCUUCAUGCGCGCCCAUAGUAUCUUUCUCAAUGAGGCGCGUGCUAGGCAGGCCUCACAAGCUGCGGACAUCUCGUGUGGCCAGCGGAUCAGUUCUCAAACUCUCAAGUCUGCGUCGAGGGGCGAACAGCAGCGCACGUUGUCCCGGUCCUCUUCUGGCGAGUGUGAACGGACGCCGACGGGAGAGAGUGUGGAAAACAUUUUAGAAAGCGACGGUUCGCAAGACGCAGAAUACUACUAUGUGACCGAUGGUUCGUUAGUUGAAGAUGAAAGCACUUGGGCUGCUGCCGCAACAGCGGUCUCCAACGCGGCUGUCAAUGCAGCCUCUGUGGCGGCCGCCGCCGUGGUUGCCGCUACAGAGCGUGAGGCGUCCAAGACGCCCUUGGAGGCAGACCGGAAAUCAGUUCCCGGGUGGGAACCAGACAACAGCAAGGGCGGGAUGGGCAGAGCCACAAAACUGCAGCAGCUGCUCCGGAGAGUCGCGGGGGAAGGCGCAGAACUCUGCGUGGACCAAGAAGGAGACAAACUGGUUGGAGUGUAUGCCUUAGACUACAAAGCGGAUGCCUUUUUCAUCCACCUCCCCAGUGUCGGCACUUCCCCCUUCUUGAACAUCCGCCGUCCUCUUCCUCCAGACUGCUGUCUACCAGUCCUUCCUCCCGCGUCGGUGGCCUCCCCUGCGCUGCCGCCCCCUCGUCGUCCUGCCCUCGAUGUGGCGGUUCGCGUGUGCAACGCACCUCUCCCGCUCCUCCGGCCGGUUCAGCUUCUCGUGGUGAUGCCUUUCUACCUUGUCAUUAAUGCGACGUCGUACCCCAUCUCGAUUCGCCAGUCGCGCUGCCUAGUGUGUCGCACAAAGGGGAGCAGUCGCCGGUGUCGAGGCCUCACACUUGUGUCGAUCUCGGUUCCGGGAGAGAAAGAGCAAGGCCCGCAAAGCGGAGGUUCCUCUUGGCAGUCGCACGCUCUUGAGGACCGAGCAGCAGCAAAGCCGGCACACGGGCGAGCGGUCCAGGAAAUGGCCGAGGCCACGCGGGAAGGAGACGGUGUUCCGAUGUCAGCCGAAUCGCGUGUCGGGCGCAAGACCCCACCGUCAAGAAAGGAGGAUGCGCGAGGCACUGCCUGGGUGUUACGAGACUUAGAGGACAUCGAGGAGACCGCCGAGAUGAUGGCGGAAGGCGCUGUUCAAAUCCAGCCGAAAGAUCAAAGGCCGUUCUUCUGGGCCAGUGCUCGCGGCGAGAAAUUUAUUCAGCUCUCCAGAACCCUUCAGCGCAACGGGUCUGCCUUGUGCGAGCGCGUCGGUUCGUUCCCUUUGGCGUCAGUUGAUGGUUUUAGGUCUCCGUCUCGUCCAGUUGGUUGCGCGUCCCCCUCUCGCCGUCUCCUCGCAAGCCUCGAACUCCAAACCGGGAGCGCCAGAAUCGGUGAUGCGUCUUCAGCCGCGCCCUCGGCUUCACAUCGUCUCCCGUCUCCGUCGCCCUUGUCAGCGCCGACAAGCAGCGGAAAGGACCGUGCGAAAGCUAGGCGUGUCCCUCCAUCCGGAGCUGACCCGACUCUCGGGCUGUCUGAGUCCGUUGUGACCCAGUACUGGUCUCGUUGGUCAGGGUGUUGUCCCCUCGGCGUGAAAGCUCAGGACUGGCCUGUUCGAAUUCCUCCUGUUCCGCAGCGCCACUUGCUCGCCGAAUCCUCCCUUAGCUGCGGCUGCACGUACCAGGGAGAUAGCGAGCUUCUUCCCUCUCCAGCAUCCGCUUUGCGUCUGCCCAGUUCUGCAUCUCCCGGCGGAUCGCGUUCCCAGCUAGUCGCGCCGCUGACCGCCGUAACGUCCACCAGCUGCGAGCGUCGGGAGAGAGCAAGCUGGACAGAAGCAUUCCUCGUUGCCUUCUUUCAGAGAGUUGCUGACGUACGAAGACUUAUGCGAGUCGACGUACCCACGCGCCCUGUUCCCCCAGCGGCAGAUCCUUGUCGCCACGCUGCGACGGGCAAAGCUGGGGAUUGUCGCACUCCGCUUGCAUCAAUCAGAAAUGUACGGGCCGGAUAUGAACACGCACAAGAAUCGAGUGUCGGCAAGGCGAAGAAACCGUUCAGCGGUGUCGAGACGUCUCCUGCGGGCCCCGUGUGCUCUUCGCUCGGUCCCACAUCAUCGCAGGCGGAGUCAGAUCUUGGACCGGCUGCAGAGAAUGGAACAGAAAGCGCCAAGAAGAAGCCGGCCAGAAUAUGCAGCAGUGUGCUCCGUGUGGAGGUCCGCGAUGGGCCAGCCGGGGGGAAGACUGUCGUGAUCCGCGACGAAGGCUGGGGACAGGCGGACAGUGUGACUAUCCGAAAUCGAUCGCGGUGGACGUUGUUAAUGCGGCAGUGCGUGCAUGCAAAUCCAGUCUUGGCUGCCACCGCUGCGGCAGCUGCUGCGCGAGACGCUGCCGAUGCAGCCUAUGUCGAGGACUCGUGCAGCACGGUUAGCGGUGCGGAGGAGGGAGUCGAUGCUGAGGGGGCUGAACUGAAGUUCAGUUCCUUGGCCGCCGGCAGUCUGAAGAGCAACGAGCGACGAGGGCGUGCGCACGCUGGUGCAACGGGAGAGGUUGGGGCGAGCUUCGCGGAGACAGCAGACAGCGGAACGGACCAUACAGUGUUGUGGCCGCGUAUCCGCCAUGGUAGUCAAAAGGCCUAUGUUUCAAACAAUGUGGGGGAAGAACGCGUCACAGGGCUCAUCGAAUUUCUUCUCUCAUACGGGUUAGGACAGCCAGAGGGAGGCGAGGUCACAGAAGAAAAAGGCCCACAAGCUUGGAAACGGAGUGAAGGAUUGCCUGCUAAUGUUUCUGAGGAAGAACAGGGGAAAGCCUCCGGACAAACUUCGCAAGGCGUCCAGAUGGUUCCCGGAGACUCGAGACAGCAAGACCCGCACCGGAGAUGUCAAAGGCGAUGUGCGUGUGCAGCGGCAACUGCUGCUCCAUACUUUCUGGGUCCGCUUCCUGUGCUUGUCAAUCCUGACGAGGAAAUUAUCAUGGCCUGGGAUGACUGCCGUCGAAAUCGUGCGGUAGAAAUAGCGGGACUCCCCGCCGCCCUCGUCGCGCCGCAUCGUCAGGUAGAAGGUCUCGUUUCAGCGUCAGAGGAAGUUUUCCGGGACAGAACCGGAGUGGAUGGCGACACAGGAAUGAGCAGUCGGCCUUCUGCAUUGGACGGCCGCAGGGAGACAGCGCGGGCCUUGCGGGUCUCAGGCGCUCGACGAGGCACGUCGAGCACGCGCGAGUGCUCAGCAGGUCGGACGCCUGUGUUGAUGCUGUCGCCGCGUUCGUCACCUUCUCUUUCAAGCUCGUUCUCCCCCACGGCAUUCGUGCCGCCUUUCCUUAUUUGCGUCCCGGUUUCCAGCGCUACUCCACAUCGUCAGCUCCUUCGUAUCCCCUCUCUCCCUCCCUCGGAUUGGGUUGUCUUCGAGGUACUCAAGGAAAGCCUGGCAGCGGUCGUCGUCCUCUCGCAGUACCUACCCCUUCCGUCUCCACCCUCUUUGUCAGCCUCUAGGUGGUCCUCCCACGCAGAGGCCCCUUACCACUCGGGUGUGACCGGCAGGCUCACCGCCCCUACUGCUCUGCAGACUUCUGCUGGGCGGGUUUCCCCAGGUGAGCGCGGCCACCGUGGCGCAUCUCCGGCAAAGGCGUCCGCGCGUCUCUCCUCGCAACGGGCAGAGAGCGAUGAAGCUCUUGCAGCUCAAGAAACAAGUCCACAACAGGUGGCUUUUGCAGCGGCGGCUGCGGCGGCUGCGGCUGCUUCAGGUCUCUCCCAAGUCGCGGCAGAUGCGUUUGGGCAAGGCUGGUUCUCGUGGGGAACUUCGAGCCUCUCCCCGACCGCGCCAGCGCCGGUUGCUUCAAGUCGGCCCGCCGAUGGUCGCUCGUCGAUUCCCAGCCCUCGCGGGGACGAAAGGGGAGGCAGAGGUGGAGAUGCAUGGGAAGGCGGCAGCGUCGCAUCUGGUCUAUUAUCUUACUUUUCCCCCGCUGCAUGGUCGGAAGAACGACGCCGCAGUAGUGAGGACUACGGGCGAGGAGCCGAAAUCGUGCCGCUGAUGUCACCGGCAAACGCAGCAGGCGGUCUCGCUUCAUCGAAACCUUUCGAUGACGGUCGAUCCACCCACAGCCGGGGUGCUCGGGGAGCAUCGUCCGUCUUCGCUUUGGCGUCGACCAGCUUUCUGCGGGAUGCCGCCGAGCAACGGGCCGCCGUCGAUGAGGGAGGACAAGGCGGCAUGCUAGCAGGUACUGAGACUCCGGAUGUGCCUAUCCAUCGUUUCUUGUAUGUGCCACCGUAUCUUUCGAAGCGCCUAGCACGAGCGGAACUUCAGGCGCGUGCCGCAAAUCUGGGUUCGAUGCCUUCCCAUUCACUCUUGUCCAGAGAAGUCCGUCUCCUAAGGCUGCAGCACGGCGCGAGAGAAGCGUAUACUCGAGGGCUGUUCGGUGUGUUACAGAACCCCCACGCUGACGGAGGCGUGUGGGACCGCAGAGAUACGGGCUUUAGUGAAGGCCUUUCAGACGAGGAGCAACCAAGCUCUGCUGCGCGGCGUGGGGUGCGCACCGCUCAAACCGAGAGAAGGGCCGGCCAUCCGGCCCACGGCGUCGACACAGAUUUCGCUUCUUCCCUCGGAAAUCCCCUCAGCUUUUCUGCCGGAUAUCUGGAGUCAAGUUCGCCUCACAAGGAAGGUGGGAGUCAGGCAGUUGCACUGGGGUAUCUGGGUGAGCAAGCGUCAGAGCGCUGCAGCCUACGCGGGAUUGCACGAAGAGAUCUACGGAACGCCUUUGAUCCCCCAGGCACGAACGAUAGAAGCGUGGUUUGUGGCGUAGAUGAUGGAGCGUACGUGCACCUUCCGGCAUUCGUGUCUCCCUUCUUCCACGCGUUUCAAACGAGUGCGCCACAGCCUGUCUCAGCCGUCGGGCCGCGAGGGGGCUCAUCAGAAGGGCAAACGGGUGGCGGAGCAAGCCUGUGGAGCGCUGAUUCUACGGGGACUCCGGCCGAGCCGGCAGGGGAGCAAGAAACCGAGACUGCCCAUGGAACGGAAAGUCGUGAAGAUCGACAGAAGCCAGCGAACCAGCAACUCCCUUACCUGUUCUACCUUUGCGACGGAGAGGAAGAGCGUCAGAUGAUUUUCCAGCAGCACGAGCAGUCGUCACCAACCGAGGCAGAUGCGCACCGCGGCAUCGGGGGUGCGGCCUUCGCCGGUGGGCAACAGGGGGACGCGGCUGGUCGUUCAGCUCAACGCCGGUCUCUUUGCCAGGACGCAGAGACGAAGGCGCCCGGUCAGGGAGCUCGGGUUGGGCACAACUCGGGGGAUUCCUGCGUUGUGAGUCGGCGAAGUUCGGUCAUGUCCACUAGCUCGUCUUCGUCAGACACAUUCGUGCGCCUUCAAGCUGAGCAACUCGCGGAGGAAACAGGGCUUCUCUUGCAGCUGCCUCCGCCUCCGUUGCCGACGCCGCCGACACCCGAGCCGCCCCUUGUUGAAGUCCGCGUGUGCAUCCCCCAGUUGCUCAUUUCUGUCGUCGCCGACACAACGCAGAAGAGUCCACUCACGCAUCAGCUAUCGAGAGUCCCUGACGAGCUGAUGCUCUUCUCUGUUGACUACUUUUCUCUCCUCUUCGCCGCAAGCGACAGUCACCAAGUUGUUGCGGCAGCUGUGCAGGAUCUCCAGGUGGACAAUAUGCGCACACAUGCGCUGUACCCGGUUCUCCUCCAGAGAGCGUUGAGAUCUGCCGAUCCCCCGCUGGCCGAGGCUGCGGUCCAACUGAGCGUUGCUUCAGGCCGAACGGAUCUUUGGCGCGGUGUCAGUCGGGGGGCUGGGAGUGCGGUCUACUCUGUUUCGAAGCCGAUCUGCGAGCUAAUGCUCAACCGACGCUUGACGACUGCACUUGCGGGCGAAAGCCGCAACGAAGAGGUCUUCUACGUAGACAACUUCGCUCUCUCCAUUGUGCCCCUUUCUGUGCGUCUCGACCUCGAUUUCGUCGAAUCUUGCCAGAAAGCCUUCCGUUCCCUGCAGCGCGCUGCCAUGCUGCCUUUCGCAGCGUCUACCUCGGACUGCUGUCUCCGGGACACUGAGGACCGUGAAUGUGGAACCGAGGCUGCAUGUGGGUGGAAGCCUUACGUCGGAGACUGGGGAGUGCUGCGAGGUCAUCGAUUUCUCGGCACCACUCUCAGCUGCUCCCGCCAGGUUUCAGGAAACGUCCUCGGGAGUGCCUUGGCAGGCGACGCAGGCCGAGAAGAGAGAGAUUCAACGGAGGGGACGACGUUACCUGCCUUCCAAGUUCCUUCUGCGUCAAGUUCUGGCUCUCUAGCCACCGGCGUUGUCCUUUUCCCGCGCCUUCCGCCGGCUUCUCUGGCUCUACAGCGGAGUCCAGUACGGCGCUUCUGUAUCAACCGUCUGGUGAUCGAGCAGAUCCUCGCUUCAUUUUCUUUCCGCGCGGGCGUCAAUCCUCUGUCAUCUCUGUCGCAUCAUCACUGGUUCGUCCGAGCUCUUCUUUCCCUUUCGUCGAUAGAAGACGCCUCUCUGGGCUUCAACGCUUUCGUCCUGCCUGACCGGACCUCCACACUCUCCUCGCCAGACCGCGAUGCGCUGCUUCUUGAACCGGGCGCCGAACAAGGUCAAAUAUGUAUCCCGUUAGGGGAGUUAAUCAAGAGAGUCUCCCAGGCCUAUCGCCAGCAGCUGCUUUGGCAGUUGUCCCAUUUCGUGGCGUCCAUUGACAUACUGGGGAACCCGGCUCGGUCACUCGCUCACAUGCGUGAAGGUGUUCGCGACCUCGCAUUGCACCCAAUCCACGCUGCUGAAAGAGGCGACGAUGUUCUGGAAGGGGUCUACAAGGGAGCGACCAGCUUUAUCAGGCACACAGGAUACGGCUUCUUUGGUGGCCUGUCGCGCAUGGCUGGGGUCGCAUCCGACUCUCUUGACUACACAACUGUCUGGUCUCACGAAAAGCUGAAAGAUGGAGACAUGGUCUGCAUGGUAGUCAACAGAGGUUCUUGCAACGCUGCUGCGGAACACGGAUUGCACCUGUUUGCUAUUCCAGGCGCUCUUACUCUGGACGACGCUUAUGUCAACCGUCGACAGCAGCAGCAGCGCCGCCAACGUCCUCGGGACGUUCAGGAGGGUAUCACGUUUGGCGCGGAAGCCUUCGGUAAGGCUGUUCUGGGAGGAAUUACAGGGCUCAUUGAGGAGCCUAUGAAAGGUGCCAAUGAAGAGGGAGUCGAAGGUCUGCUUAAGGGCGCAGGCAAAGGCCUUCUUGGAUUGGUCGUCAAGCCCUUGACGGGUGUUCUUGAUUUCGCGCAGAAGACAGCUGAAGGCAUAAAGGAGAUCUCCCAAGUCGAUCCGGCUAGGCGAACAAGGCGGCGGCUGCCUCGUCUACUCCUGGGGCAGGAAAGACUCUUAGUCCCAUACGAUGAGGAGGCAGCACGGGUGAAGGAAGCCUUAAACGAUGUCGACGGCGUCUGCUGGUCGACUAUCCCGUUUCUGUCCUUUGUGUGUGACAUUCCUUUCGACACCUUGGUUGUCACCACGGAUACGCAUUUGCUGCAGUUCCGGGUGCCGCAUCCGACGUCCAGCAGUGGGCAGACACAACUAGUUAUGAUUCUUCCGCUGCAUCUGCUCAUUUCUGUUCAUCGAUUUACUACCAAGCCCCGGAAUUCUGAUCAGAAACGCCGAUACAUUAUCGUCUUAUGUGCGGCUUAA